AAAUGCUCAAGGGACUAUUAAAUCUACCCCAAACAUAAGGACAUUUUUACCAUUUUGUCCAAAAUUUAGUACAAAAAUAACUUGGCGCGCAGAGUGCAAACCCUAGUCCGAGCUCGUCUCUCCCUUACCGCGGUGCUCGAGUGUCUCGCCGAGUUGGACAUAGAGAAAUUGAUGAUAUUGGAAGUCUUCAACAUAUUGGUUUCCUCAUGGCUGGAACAGAACAUAUAACUAUUGAUUGUGUUGAAGUCCCUUCACGCCCUUUGCGUUCAAGUGUUGUGAAGUUGUUAGAUGUGGAACAGAGAAGGAAUGUGUUAAAUCAAAUGAACUGGGACUUGGAACUACAAGCACUUGAGGUUGUAUCUAAACUAGAGCAGCAUACCCUCUUUCUUUUCGCAUGGAUGGGAGGAAUUAGUAUCUACCUAACCACCAGUAUACCUUCUGCUAUGGCCUUUGCCAUGUCUAUUCUAUUGAUGUGUUUAUUUUUGGCUGAUUUGUUCAUACACAUUGGCAUGGCAAAAUCAAGAAUUACAAAAAUGAAUGUGCUCAUCAUGAAUUUGACGCGAAGUUAUAAAUAUUUAAGAGAAGAAACAAGGAAUCUAAUGGAAUUUGACCGAAGCAAGAAAGGAAGGCUAGCUAAUGUUGUGGAUAACAGUGAAGGUCCUGUCAUGCACAUGGACUCUUUUAUUGCCAGAACUAAGACUAUUUGUGAUGACGCCACAGAUUUUUCUGACUUUGAGAAAGCUCACCAUAAGAUGAUCGAUGUGUCCUGGGGGAUCGGAGGUAUCUUCAUUCCUGUUGUGCUGUUCAUGACAUUUUGUAACUAUUACUAUGGACAGGAUUCCUCGUCUCCUGACAAGCUGUCUUUUGCUGUAUGAGAUGUUCAAGACGAGAUAUAAAUACUUUUGUGGUGGCAGUGAUCUUUGGUUUUGGCUGAAAAAUGCAAAACAUUAUCAUAUAAAUUGCUGUUGGAUAUUGGGGUUUAGAUGUUGGGAUUGACUUAUCAGCCUGAUUCUCGACUGUAAUUACUGUUUGUUUAUGCUUUUGCCUGCUGCUGUUGUAAAUAAACGUCCCUAACUCCCGAAAACCAUACACAUUGAAAUCACUACUAUGUUCAGUACUAAUUUGCAAUAUCUUUCCUUCAUUUUCUUCA